GAGGGCAGCCCCUCCAAGAUGGCGGCGCGGGGCGCGGGUCGCCGCCGCUGAGGGGGAUGGCGGGGGCGAGGCGGGAGCUGCGCGUGCUGCUGGCGGCCCGCCCGGGUCAGGCGCGGGACUCCGUGCGGGACGCGGCGCGGGUCCGGCUGAGCGCGGAGCAGGACGCGCUGGGCAGCCUGCUGCUCCGUGACGGGAUCUACCUGGAGUCCCUGGGGCCGGGCGGAGGCGGCCGGGCGCGGAGCGGCGUCCUGCCGGGAGCGUGGGCUGACUUCGUGUGGGAGAGAACAGCAGAGUAUGAUCCGCAAGCAAAGAGGACAAAAAUACUGGCUCUCAGUGAAAGUCACGACCUGUUUGUCUAUGAAUUCACCAGAGAAGACGGAAAAUGCGGCCCGGAUCCCCUGCACAGCUGCAGGGAGGGUGUGCUGAAAAAGCUCCUGGAGGCCAACAGCGUCAGUCUGUCUUCAAUUUUGUCUCUGAGGAUACUGUCUUUUAAAGACAACAAAUGCACGCUUCUGCUCAACAGCUUUAUUGUUAUGCAUCUCACCUUUCCUGGAGAGCAUUCAUCAUUGGAGACGUGUGACUGCUUUACCCUUGAUUUGCCUCCACCAGUGUUGGAAAGAGUAACAGAUAUAAACUUCUGCAGGGGGAUUCUGUUUUUCUUGGAUAGUUCUGGCUGGAUCUACGUAUUUGAUUCUUCUGAUGGUGCAAAUCUAGCACACAUCAACGUGUCACUCUGCCAGGGGGGUGUGCAGGAUGGGGACAGGAGUCCCACCAUCACAUCACCGCUCACUGCACUCAAAGUGUCAUAUGAUCUCAGCGUUGCUGUGAUCAUCAGUUCUUCCAGCAAUGCCUGUUCUGUGGAUCUAAACGUGUACUUCAGACAGUUCCCUGGACAUCUGAUUUGUAGAAGAGAUUCUGAAAGCCUUUCACUGAAGCCACCUGAGGGAGUUGAUGAGGAUGACCUUGCUAGUUCUGACUACAGUAUGGAGCUGCUGUCCUCGCCUUUCCGCACAGACAGGUCAUGGAAGGCACACUUAUCCUCCCUGUGCAGCACAAUAAGGAAAAGAAGAUCACGUUCCCCACAUUUGCUAUGUGAUAUGAACUUACCUUGGUAUCAGUAUUUUACCCACCUUGAAGAUCACGAUCCCUUGAUCUAUGAAACCUCUGAGAAGGCACUGGCCAUUGCUCCAAAGGCUUUUCCACCUGUCCUUUCCAACCCAUCGCAGAGUGCUGGCACAAAGCUCAGUGAUAUGGGGCAGCAGUGGAAACAAAUCCUCCCCGUACAGUUAUCACAAGAAGUGGUGAAACUGGAGUGUAAAUCUGUGACUGGAGCCAAAGCACUGUUUGUGAUCCUAACAGAUGACAAGGCUUUGACACUUGCUCUCUGGGAUUUCGAGUCCCAAGAUGUAGCACAUUACCAGUUUGGCAAAAACAGCGUUUAUGUGGAUUGUAAUGAGGAGGUGCCAUUAUGCCUGCUGCUGACAGAGUGUGGCCUCUCCUUAAUUCUUUUCGGUUUAACUCAAGAGGAGUUUUUGAAUAGACUGAUGAUCUAUGGCAGCGCUGGAGUCGUAGAUUCUGUAUGUCACCUCAAUGGAUGGGGACGGUGUUCGAUUCCAGUACAUGCAUUGGAGGCUGGCUUGGAAAAUCGUCAGCUAGACACAGUGGACUUAUUUUUAAAAAGCAAAGAAAGUCUUUUCAAUCUCUCUGCGCUGCGCUCCGAAGCCCAGCAGUCUGCAGAUGGUGCGUCCUGCUCUUUUCUGAAAAAUUUGCAAGAGCUGAGACCAGCUUUAAACUUGCUUUGCUCAGCAAUCAGAGAGAACGACAUGGAGCCACAGAGCAAACACUUCUCAGAGCAGCUGCUGAACCUCACGCUGACUUUCCUUAGCAAGCAGCUUGAAGAAAUUUUUGUCCACACAGAGGAACCUGAUAGAUACCUGCAGAAGGCUGCAGAGAUUUUAACUGAUUACAUCAUUGAACUUAGGACGUUUAUGAAAAACUAUCCUCGAUCACAAGUAAAUACCACAAAUGUAGGGAGUGAUUCUGAUGAAGACCUGCCUGCAAUAGAGGAAAGCCAGAUGUGGGAAAAACUGACACCUGAGGAAGUCAUUGCUGAAGCCAUCUUAAGCAACAAAAUGCCAGAGGCCCAGAUCUUCUUCCGAAUGCACCGGCAUCCUGCUCAGAGCCUUCAGGAACUCAUUCGGACAGGUUUGGAUCUGGUCUAUGGCCAUCUUCUGAAGGGCAAUACCAGAGAGGCCUCAGCACUUCUGAAGAACAUGGGUUUUGAUGUGAAGCAGCAGUUGCAUAAGAUAUGUUUCUACACGGCUGAUAAACACGUACGAGAUUUGCUGGUCAAAGUUUUACAAGAAGAAAAUUAUUUUUCUGAAAAAGAGAAGAAAAUGAUAGACUUUGUGCAUCAGGUUGAAAGCUUGUACUCGGAGUCCUUCCAAGAAAAUAAAGAGAUGCAAUCUCUUUCCAGUGUAAGGAACUGGAGACAGGAACAAGACUCUUCCAAACAUUUGGCCACUCUGGAGUCAUUGAUGGAUCAUGAUGGACGCCGGGUGCCCAGCAGGGAGGUCAGGGUGAUGCUGAACUGGGCUCAGUGCUGGGAUGAGCUCCUUCAGGAUAUGAUUCUUCUCCCCAGAAAACAAGGCCAAGGACUUGCCACAUGUAACCCUGAGGCUCUUUGGAUGUACCUGACAGCCCAGCAUGAUUGGCUUAAUAUCAGUUCAUGGAUUGAAGAAUUUGAGCCCAACCACAGCUUAUGUGGACAAAGUAAAUGGCCACCCCUGGCUGCAAGCAUUAUUGACCAACACACGUUGUGUAGUGGCUACAUGAGAAAUGAAAUAUUGAACAAGCUGGCCAGAAAUGGGAUUUUUGUCCUUUCUGAAUUGGAAGACUUUGAACUUCUGCUCCAAAGAUUGGUUUCCCUCGGAGGAGUACUGCAAAAUCCUCACCCUGUUCCAAAGUACAGUGCUGCAAGUGGUUUGGACUUCCAUGCUCGUUUUAUCCUUCACUGCUUAGAACACAAUUUGCAGUAUAUGUUAUACACAUACCUAGAUUACUACAGUUUAACUCCUUCCAACUGCCCUAUUUUGGAUGACAAGGAACUGCAUGAAGCACAUCCCUGGUUUGAAUUCCUCGUGCAGUGCCGGGGGGUUGCCAGUAACCCACGAGAUCCAAAGAUGAUUUUUCAGGCGAGUCUAGCAAAUGCUCAGAUCUUGAUUCCUAGUAAUCAAGCCAGCGUGAGUAGCAUGCUGCUGGAGGGACGUACACUGUUAGCACUUGCUACCACCAUGUAUGCACCUGGAGGCAUUGAUCAGGUUCUUCAGAAUGAAGAUACAGAGAAACCACUAAAGAAAGUUGAUCCUCAGCUCUUAAAAAUGGCAUUGAGUCCUUACCCCAAACUCAGAGCUGCUCUUUUUCCCCCGUGCACCUCCCAUGGAAUUUUGCCACCUGACAUUUCCCUUUAUCAUCUUGUUCAGUCAUUAGUGCCAUUUGAUCCCAGUAAGUUAUUUGGCUGGCAGUCGACAAAUACCCUUGCUGUAUCAGAUGCAUCAAGUGACCUUCCUCAUUUCUCAUCCCCUGAACUGGUGAACAAAUAUGCUGUAAUGGAACGACUGGACUUUUUGUACUACCUGCGCCAUGGACGCCCCUCGUUUGCCUUUGGUACAUUUUUGGUCCAGCAGUUGGUCAAGAGCAAAAGCCCCAAACAGUUGAUUCAGCAAGCAGGAAAUGAAGCCUAUCUUCUAGGCCUUUCUUUCUUCAAUACGCCUUCAGUAGCAGCUGCCUGUGUGUGCUUUCUGGAGCUGCUUGGGCUCAGCAGCCUCAAACUGAGAGUUGAUAUUAAGGUUGCAAACAUGAUAUUCAUUUACAAAACCAGAAAUGAAGAAACUCAGCACAAUCAAAUAAGGGAAUCUCUGGUUGAACAGCUAAUGAGGUUGGCUGAUGGUGAAAAAGCAGCAACAGAAGAAGUUCUUAAAUCCUUAGAAGAAGCCUUUUGGGAUUCAAUUGAGCAUCAAGGAAUAAAGAGGACAUCCAGUGACUCCAGACAGCAGUGGUCUUUGGUGAUGCAGUUCUGCAAACUCCAUGCCAUGAAACUGAGCACCUCAUACCUAAAGGAGUGUGCUAAAUCCAAUGACUGGCUGCAGUUCAUCAUCCAAGCCCAGCUGUACAGCUACAAGCCAGAUGAGGUCUCAUCUGUCCUUGAAGGCUUCGCUCCCAUUAUACAGCAUCACCUGAUGUUGGCACUGGAGAAGUCACCGUUUCUGCACGCUGCUGCGGGGGCUCCUGAGGGCAGCACUGGGAGCAGAUGUGCAGACAGUCUCUUCCAAAUCCUGUUCCGGUGUCAGGAGAGCCCCAAUGCUUCGUGUCACCUUUUGGCUGAAGGACUGAGAGAACACGCUCCCAUUCUGAGUGUUUUAGCAGCGUGUUCCCCUGAUGCUGACAUUAUUCACUGUCUCUGUGUCUGGAUAAUUACCAGUGUGGAUGAUGUUACCAGAUCUGAAGCGACAAAACAUAUUCAGAGCUCAGUAGAAAAUCACAAGUGGGAUCUUCAUGACCUGUCGCUUAUCUGGAAAGUGCUUUUAAGAAAGCAAAAAUGUCAAACACUUAUAAGGGGAUUCCAGCUCUUCUUAAAGGAUUCCCCUUUACUGCAUAUACUGGAGAUGUACGAUCUGUGCAUGAACUGUAAAAGGUACUAUGAAGCCAAAACCAAACUGGACGAGUUUCAGAAACACCUCAUAAAUCUGAAGACCACCGAUGGAGCGGCAGCUUCAGGAGUCCCUGUGCAAUGGUUGGAGUCACAGGCCUUGUUUCUUCUUGAACUGAUGAUGCAGCAGUGUAGGACAGAAUACGAAUUGGGAAAGCUCUUACAGCUGUUUGCUGCAACAGACAACCUUCUCCUUGAUGGCCCUUAUGUGAAGAAACUGUGUGCGCUCAGUGAGACCCUGAGGGAUUCCUCCGUGCCCAUUAAUCGCUCCAUGCUGACCAGGUACACCCCAGAAACGUUUCAGAAGGAGUGCACAUCGAUUCUGGAGCAGCUCCAGGAGAAAGGAAUGUUCUCUCUGGCUCGGGAGGUGGCAGAGCUGGCUGAACUGCCUGCAGACAGCGUGGUUACCCAAGAGAUUCUGAGGGAUAUACGUCUGUUAAGAGACACAGGAGAGUGGGAUCGAGAUCAGAUAAGAAUUAAGUUCUGGAAAAAGUGUAACGACAGCUUCGUGAAAAAUUCCAUCUCCAGCAAAGCUGCAUCGGAUUUCUUUUUGAAUCAGGGCAAUGUGGUGUCUGAAUCCCCAGUUCGUGAGAAGAUAAACAGCAUUUCGGAGAGACAUCUGCUGCUUACCCUGGCUGGCCAUUGGCUCGCCAAGGAUGUCUCGGUGGCAUUGGACAAAUUGGAGGAAAUAGAGAAACAGAUCUGGAUUUGUCGCAUCACACAACAAAUGUUAUCCACAGAUGAGGGGCCAGGCAAGUCGGGACGCUCCUCCUGUGCUGCAGCGAAUGGGGAUUUUACUUUUGAUAACUUGGCCAAGGAGUUUUCUUUUUCAAAGCUGCCUGCUCUGAACACACCAAACUACUUAAAUGUGGAGGGUCUUGAAUUGAGGGGGUGUCAGCAGACCUUGGCUGCGGAGGAGGAGGAGUCGCUCAGGUUUCUGGUCGGAUGCCUUCUCGAUGAAGGAAGCGUGCACGAGGCCAGCCGCGUUUGUCGCUAUUUCCAUUUCUACAGCAGAGACGUUUCACUGGUGUUGCACUGCAGAGCCCUGGCCGCAGGGGAGGCUGACCUGGACAGACUGCACGCAGAUAUUCAGGCUCUUGUAGCAAUAGAGAAGACACAGGACAGCAGUGCAUCGCAGCAGAGCAGAGUCCCGAGCACAUCGAGCUUAGAGGACUGGACACACAUUGCAGAUCCAUCGCCGGAUGAUCAGAUUGUCGUCAGUCUGAAGGCCCUCACAGAUGAAUGUGUCCAUGGGAGAAACUACUGCAGACAGGUUCUGUGUCUGUAUGAACUUUCUAAGGAACUGAACUGCUCCUACAGUGAGAUGUCAGCCCUUGACCCUGAGAAAGUGCUUCGAGCAAUUCUGUCAUCCCAGCAGGCAGAGCGCUGCAGGAGGGCUCAGGCGUUCAUCACCACGCAGGGCCUGCAGCCCGAAACUGUGGCAGAGCUGGUGGCCAAAGAGGUCGUGCAGGAGUUACUGGCCUCUUCAGAAGGAAAAGGACAGAAGCAGGUUUCCAACCCUGCAGCUGAGAGCCAGGCGUUCCUGCAGCUCGCAAAGCUGUGCCAGGACCACACGCUGGUGGGCAUGAAGCUGCUGGAGAAAAUUUCCUCUGUGCCACGUGGAGAACUGUCAUGCAUUACAGAACUGCUGAUUCUGGCCCAUAAUUGCUUUAGUCUGACUUGCCACAUGGAAGGAAUCACCAGAGUCCUGCAGGCAGCACGGCUGCUCACAGAUGAGCAUUUGGCACCUAAUGAUGAGUAUGGACUUAUGGUUCGUCUUCUCACUGGGAUCGGCAGAUACAAUGAGAUGACCUACAUCUUUGAGCUGCUGCACGAGAAGCAUUACUUUGAAGUGCUCAUGAGGAAGAAGUUGGACCCGAGUGGGACACUGAAGACAGCUCUGCUGGAUUACAUCAAGCGCUGCCGCCCAGGGGACAGUGAGAAGCACAACAUGAUUGCCCUUUGCUUCAGCAUGUGCCGGGAAAUUGGAGAGAAUCACGAGGCUGCUGCUUGCAUACAGCUGAAACUCAUUGAAUCUCAGCCAUGGGAGGAGUCCCUUCAGGAUGUUGCAAACUUAAAGAAACUGCUGAUGAAAGCUCUGACCCUCUUCAUUGAUGCAGCAGAAAGUUACUCUAAGGACUCCUGUGUCCGCCAGGCGCUGCGCUGCCGCCGCCUCACAAAGCUGAUCACUCUGCAGCUGCAUUUUCUGAGCACCGGUCAGAGCACGAUGCUGAUUAACAGGAACAGGCAGAACCUCAUGGAAUGCAUCGUGUCCCUGCCUCGAUUCUAUCAGGCGGCGGUUGUGGCCGAGGCGUAUGAGUUUGUUCCAGAUUGGGCUGAAGUUCUGUACCAACAAGUGAUCGCUAAGGGAGACUUCAGCUACUUAGAAGAAUUUAAACAGCAGAGACUGCUGAAGCCUGCCAUGUUUGAGGAGAUUGCGAAGAAGUGUAAGCAGCACCCACCCAGCGAUGCUGCUCUGAGGAAUCUGAAGAAGCUGCUCGCUUACUGCGAGGACAUCUCCACGUACUACAGGCUGGCAUAUGAUAACAAGUUCUAUGAUGUGGUCAAUAUGCUCCUGAAGGACGCGCAGACUGGAUGCUGCCUUAAUGAUAUGUUAUCCAGCUAGGACACAGCUGCCCUGAGCCACACACCAGCACAUGGUUAGUAUGGGCUCUUCCACAUUUCCUAAUGCUUGCAGUGAUACGCUGCUAUGUAACGGGAACUCCAGGAAAAGGGUGCUGGUUGUAAAUAUUUAAAAUGGUGAUGCUGCCUUAACCUGAAGGUGUUCUGUACAAUAAAUCCCACCCUUUACAAA